AUGGCCGAAGCUGCUCCGCCAACCGGUAUGGGCAAUCGCCAACUUCGAGAGUGGAUCCAGGAAUGGGGCAGUGCAUGGGAUUUCCUCGGCCUCGCCCCGGGCAGUGCUAUGAGUGAGGUCCUCCGCGCCUCCAAACGCACGGCGAUCCGCCUCCACCCGGACAAAAGUCUUUCAGAUGAGGUGGAAAUGGCUACAGUCCGCAUGCAGGCGCUGGGCAAUGCCAAGGAGAUCCUCCUCAACCCGAGCCUCAGGAUUCUCCAUGACAAUAUCCUGGUCCUGGGAGUUGGUACUGGGGGGACGGGGGACGGUUCCGCCCCCGUCGAACGAUGGAGGGUCAAGCGAUGGAGGGUCAAGCGGCACCGCCCCCCAUCAUGGAUGGUGGAAUCAGGCCUCCGCCAAAAGCCUCGCCACAGAGCUGGCUCUGCCAAGGGCAAGGACAAAGGUCGCUGGGGUACCCCCUUCUACGACACCAGCAGCGAGGAGUUUUCCAGUGGCGGUCCUGACACUGAGUCCUCUGGCCCGGAGAUCGAUAGGUACCCUCGCAUCCGCUGUGGACGUGUGCUGAGGUGCUGCAAAAGGGGCCUCCCUACCGGUACCGCCGACAGCAAAAGGGGGCUUCCAAAGGCCCGUAUGGCAGUUACCGCCCUGACGAUGUACCUGGACGAAAGGGGGCCAAAAGGCCCCACCGAAGGCACGUCCCAGCACGGCUCCGCCCUCCCCACCAAGGCGCCGCCUCCACGUUUGACAACACGAUGCGGUGGAUCUGUGGAGGCUGUGGAGAACCUAAUGGGCUUCAUCGGUAUGGCUGCAAUGGGUGCCGUCGCUCUCGACACGCUGCAGGAGAGGGCGACACACUGGAUAUGCCCCGACUGCCAGGAUGAGACGACCAUCAAAGCGAACCAGUGUUCUGGAUGUGGAUGCUGGCGGCCAAGACAUGGGUCUCUCAUCAAUAACGGCCCUGCCCCCGACGACCUGCUGGUGCACCCGAGGGCGUCCACAGACGAGCAGAUGGAAGAGGAAGGCGUCACCGCCCUCUGCCGCUACAGCCGCACCGCCCCCAGCCAGUGCCGGAGCCGAAGUCCGUCUACUUCGCCAAGAAAGGCCUUGGAAAAGGGACCUCUGCCCCCUACUCCAGCCACCCCGAAAAGCUAUGCCGCACCGCCACCGGCGUCUGGUGGCCUUCAGCCUCUGGUCGACCCGAAGGCCAGGGGCCCCACAGAGGAAAGCCGUCCUAUGGCGAUUGUGGCACCGAACGGAGAGGCCCUGUGGUUCUCACUGUGCGCGAGCUUGACAUCUUGGUCAUGUGCCGCAGGGCCCUAUGCGGGCCACAUGUCCCGGAUCCAUCUUGCAAAUCGGGACAAUCCAUGCUUUAUGGACCUACACAAGGCACAUCCGGAACCUCAAGGCGAUCUACCGCCCCUCAGCCCUGCGACCGGAGACCAUCGCCCCCUGUUCACCUUUCAGGACUUCCUGAGGAACCCCAGCCUUGGUCAACAUUACGGGGGGAAUGAGGGGCCACCUCGCCCAGGCCGUGCCGCCCUACCCUGCAUUUACCCGGCCCCGCUCCGCCUGCUCCCGCUUGCAGAGACCUAUGCGGAAGCGGACCAAGCCCAGAAUGUUAUGGGCCGGUGGGCUAUGCAGAUCUUGGGCAAUGGGCCGGCAGUUCCGCCAGAUGAGGGCGGUGCCUCCGCCCCGAGUUCGACGCCGAGUGGCAAAGGCUCCGGGAACGCUGGCAAGAGAGCCACGCACUGGUACUGCAAAAGGUGCUCCUAUGGGGUGCCAAUCACCCGCACGAUUUGCACCAUGUGCAACCGUGACAGGGAGCAAUGCGUGGUAUCUGAUGACGAGGAACCGGAGGAUGAUGUCGUCCUCAACAAAGAGGAGCUCGAGGAAGUUGCCCGGCUCGAACGAGAAUGCGCGGACCUGGAGCAAAGGAUGAGAGGCCUCAACGCCGGCCAGCAGCGGGCACUCCUGGAAAACCUCGCGAACAGCUCGAGUGCCGUGAUGGGAGGGCUUUUGGCCGAUACCAUCAGGCGCACCGCCCAGCUACGAGGGCAGAAGGGUAAAGGGGGGUCCAGCAAUGUCAAGGUGAGGGCAUCCAACGACACUGCUCGCAACGACCCCAAGUACCUGGCCGAUUUGGAGGCAGGUGUAUCCACGGCAGUGGCGUUUCAACGCCAUCGCUCCCGACUUCGUGCCGUACAACACCAGGUGGCCCAGGGCAAUGUGGCGUUACAGCCCCGUGCCACUCCCCUGCAGAGGGUGAGGGCGCUACCGCCCAUGAUGAGCUUGGGCCGCUCCCAUCGCCUUUAUCUCCUCAACAGAUUGGAGAGACUUGAAAGGCGGGGAGUCACCUGGACCCAGGAGGAGCAAUUCCUCGAUUACUUGGAGGCGAGAGUCAAUGCGGAUGCAGAGAGAGCGGAGCCCACAACCGCUUCCAAAUCCGCAGGUGCUCCACCCCCCCCAGGUGUACCACCUCAUACUGGCACUACAGCGAGCACCCCGUCGGGAACCUCUUCUGCACCAUCGGGUACACCCGCGGACGGGCGGCCAGAACCUCCCCCACCUCGUUCCGAUCAGCCGGAAGAUCGAGAAGCUGGGCGGCCAGUGCCUCCGGACCAAGGUGACGAUCAGCCGGGAGCCCAACCCUCAGCUCCUUCUACAACGCCUGAGGGAGGUGAUGCUGCAGGUGACACCGCCCCAGCUGGGAACGAUUUACCGGCUGAUGAUUCAGCACAAAGUUCCGCGGUGGGCGGUUUUCAUCUUUAA